AUGCUGCUGAUCCAGGGCGGCCACGUGGUGUUUGAUGUGGAGACUGUGGAGGAGCUGGUGUUGUGGGCAGAGUAUAUUUUGAUCGUUGGUGGUGGCUCUCUCAGUAUUGGGUCGGAGGAUCAGCCUUUCCCUGGUGAGGCCGUCAUUGAACUACACAGCAACACACACUCCACCGAGCUGCCCUUGUAUGGUGCCAAGGUAUUGGCGGUGCGUGAUGGGACGCUGGACCUUCAUGGCCGUCACGUCCCCAUCACCUGGACCCACCUGGCACACACGGCCUCCCUUGGGGACACCAACCUCACCCUGUCCCUGCCCGUCACCUUGAGGCAGGGUGACCAGGUUGUUAUUGCCACCACAGAGAACAGGUUCUACAUGAAGGAGAACGAGGUGAGGACCAUCGCAUCAGUCUCUGAGGAUGGCCUGGAGGUCACACUGACAGAGGCACUGGAGCACACCCACCUCUCCGUCACCCAGACUCUUGGGGGACACACAGUGGAGACACGUGCAGAGGUGGGACUCCUCACCCACAAUGUCAAGAUCCAGGGAAAUGUUGGCACCGACUUCAGUGUGGCUAUUGAGGGCUGUGACACUGCUUUUAGGCCUGAUUCUGAAGACCAGCACGCCACCCAGUCAUGUUUCAAUGGUCGACAUGGAGACGAGAUUGGCGGUGACCAAUUUGGCGCCACCGUGAUACUGUCUGGAAAGUUCCCUGACCUGGACUUGGUGAUGGGACGCAUUGAGUACGUGGAGGUGACCAAGGCUGGUCAGGCAUUCCAACUUGGGCGGUACCCACUCCACUUCCACCUGGCUGGGGACAUGGGUGGUUCGUACAUCCGCGGGUGCUCCAUCCACCACACCUACAACCGCGCAGUGACAAUGCACGCAACAGACAACCUGCUGGUGGAGCAUAAUGUGGCGUACAACAACAUGGGUCACGCUAUCUUCACAGAGGAUGGGGGUGGAGCAGAACAGUGUGGUGCAGUGGUGAACCCAAACAACAUUUUCCAUCACAAUGCAGCUGCCAGUGGAACACACUUUGGUUACUGGUACAGGCUGGACCACCACCCCUCGGGCCCAUCCACCACCAACAUCUACUGCCAGAACACUGAACAGAUGGGACUCUUCUUCAAUAACAAUGCACAUUCCAUGGGAAGGUAUGGUCUGUGGGUGUUCUCCAAUCCAGGAUAUCACCCAAAGUCCGACAUCUGUGGAGGCAGGGACGUGGUGGCCAAGUGGGAAAGCUUCACCGCGUGGCACCGUGAGCGGGGUGCCGAGGCAGUAUCUGGCACUAAGCUGCAGUUCCACAACUUUGUGAUGCUUGAUAACCAACAGGCUGGCAUGGAGAUGGUGUCUGUGAAGGGAGGGUUCGGACAGGAUGACAGCCCUGGCAUCUUCAAUUCCCUGGUGGUGUGUCACUCGGCCCUCAACUCCAGUGCCUGCACCUCAGGAACCAGUGGUAUUGUGGCGCCCAAGACCCAGAUCUUUAGUAUCUCCAAUGUCACAUUUGUUAACUUUGAUGAGGGUGGAAGUGCUGCACUGUCUGGCUGUUCUCAGUGCAGGAACUACCAGGGAGGCUACAGGGCACAGGUUAAGGGUCUGGCCUUUGAGAAUUCACCCAACAAGAUCAGGUUUCAGUGGGAACACGAGACAAUCUGGAUAGACGCUGAUGGCUCUCUGACGGGCAAACCGGAGGCGAAUGUUGUUCCCACAAUGGGCAUCUUACCAACUGAUUCCUGCACUCAAGAAGCAGCAUUCUCUGUCACCAAGAAUGUGCCAGGAUCAGUUUGCCGAGGGGCCAUGAAAUUCCUGCGAGUGGCCGUCACCAAUCCGAGCCCUUCCUCACUGCUUGGCAAGGACCUGGUGGUAAGCAACGACUUCGGCGCCACCCACAUCCCUUACCUCAUGCUCCGUAUUGGUGGUGCUGGCUGGAUGGGGCUUGUCUACAUUGGUGCCACCUUUGACUUCAACUUUGAAAAUGCUAAUCAGCUGACAUGUGGGGUCCCCCAGGGGACCAAGAUGGGUCCUCUAUGCUUCCUCCUCCUCAUCAACGACGCCCUCACUGACACCCCCCAUCGCUGGAAGUAUGUGGACGACUGCACCGUGGGCGUCCCAGUUUCCACCAAGAACCCGGACUACUCGCCACUGCAAGCAAUUCUGGAGCGACUGCAGACGUGGACAGAGGAGAGCAGGAUGACCAUCAACCACAGCAAAACUGUGGUGAUGCAUUUCUGUACCUCCUCUGUACCAGUGCCCCCUCCCCGGCUCACAGUGGGCCCUCACCCCCUCCAGGUGGUCCAAUGUGCCAAGCUUCUCGGAGUCACGGUGGACAACCAGCUGACCUGGAAGCAGCAUGUCGCCAGCACCGUGAGAUCAGCUACCUACAGGCUGUACAUGCUGCGCAGACUCAGGUCUCUGGGGACGCCGACAGAUGAGUUAAGGAGGGUGUACCUUACCUUCAUCCUCCCCAAACUCAUGUACGCCUCCCCAGCGUGGUCCUCCUCCCUCACUCACACUCAACAGCUACAGCUAGAGAGUGUGCAGAAAAGGGCGUGCAGGGUCAUCCUUGGCCCUGCAUACACCACCUAUGAAGAAGCCCUGAACACCCUGAGUCUGUCCAGAAUAACCACCAGGCACAGAGAGGCUCUGGAGAAGUUUGGGAGGGGACUACUGCAUCAUCCACGUCUCAGAAACAUGCUGCCGUACGACGCGCCUCGCCCGGUCCGUGCCACCAGACACCACAACAAAAUAACGCCCCUGAAGGCGCCGCGCACGGACCAGUACAGACUCAGUGCGAUUCCCACCAUGGUGCGAGCCAUCAAUCAAUAGUAUUUCCCUCCUAGAUUAGACUUACCUUUAGGAUUAAUGUUAAGUUUUUCCCCAUCCCCUAUGUACAUUUUCAGUUUGUCAACUG